AAUGUGUUCGCGCGCACAGCUCAGUUCAGUGAAGAUCCAAGCAGUAGCGAAGAAAAUCACUUGAGCAGCGACUAGAAAUUUAUCUGGACGUACAGUCGACAACCAUACACAUAGUUUGAGAGCAGAUAGUGUGUAUGUUAGAUAAAGGUGGUUUCAAAGCACCUUUAUAUAUUACAAAUAACAGCAUGUGUAAACGCUUUUCGUCACAAACCAGCAGCCCAAUGUCCGCAGAAGCUCAGCCGAGGGUGAGUGACUCUGCACGGGCAGCUGCAGGAAAGACCACCCGCUCAACAGGAGCAUCAGAACUGGAGGCUUCUCCUACAGCAGCAGCUAUGGAGAACAGCCCAACUGAUCAACAAACAAAAAGAUGGAAGAAAGGGAUCCGUGCAUUCUUUCGGCGAAUAGGGAAGGGGCUCAAGCGUUGCACCCUCUGUUGGCCUGGAGAGAACAUGUUGAUCCCAUUUCCAUGCAGCGAUCCCAAUGAACCCCAGCCAGAAUUAUCUGGCCUCCAAUGGGCAUUAUCAAUCGAUCCGUGCCCAUCAGGUAUUGAGCUGCCAAUUAGUGCCAAUCUGGAUGAUCCUGAGCCACCUUCUAUAUUAGGUUCAUCAACAGUUGAGUUGACAUCUGACAGUGAUCUGGAGCCAUCACUUGUUCCAAGUCUACUCGAGAUCGAUUUAGAGGACCAAGAUCUAUCCAGUCUGUUAUCCGAGUUAACACCGAUGCCAAAACUAGAUUGUCUUACAUGGGUAAAACCUGUGUCAAGUCUGUCUAGUUUCAAGCUGACACCUGAUUCUGAGAUCCCAUCUAUCUCGGCUCCAUCUGAGGUCACAUCCGUAUCAGGUCCAUCUGGCUGUGGGCCAAAUAAUGAGACGGGAAAGUCCAUCUGUGCAUUCUUCAACCGGACAUGGAAGUCUUUUAAGGAUCGUGUCCUCCUCUGGCGACGGGGCAAUAAAGUGGGCCGAGAUCCAGUUGGCGUCCCAGUGUCUCCACAGAAUUUGGAAGAUCUCCUGCCAGCUGUCGAAACACAAAGAAAAAGGAGGAAGAAAAAGAAGGAAGAUCUCCGUCCACAUUUAAGUGGAAACUUUUGGGCAUUAACUGAACCAGCUCCAUCUGGUUUUGAGGUGACACUUAAACCUUAUCCAGCCAGCCCUGAGCCAAAAACAGACCCAUGUCCAGCCAGCCCUGAGCCAAAGACAGACCCAUGUCCAGCCAGCCCUGAGCCAAAGACAGACCCAUGUCCAGCCAGCCCUGACCCAAAGACAGACCCAUGUCCAGCCAGCCCUGAGCCAAAGACAGACUCAUGUCCAGCCAGCCCUGAGCCAAAGACAGACCCAUGUCCAGCCAGCCCUGACCCAAAGACAGACCCAUGUCCAGCCAGCCCUGAGCCAAAGACAGACUCAUGUCCAGCCAGCCCUGAGCCAAAGACAGACCCAUGUCCAGCCAGCCCUGAGCCAAAGACAGACCCAUGUCCAGCCAACCCUGAGCCAAAGACAGACCCAUGUCCAGCCAGCCCUAAGCCAAAGACAGACCCAUUUUCAGCCAGCCCUGAGCCCGUGGUCUACCAGGAUCCAGUUGAUAUUUGUGCUGAUCCAUUCAGUUCACCUCCAGAUCCAUGCCCAUCCGAUUUUGUUUUGGAGAAGGUAUCUGAAUUAGGAUCAUCCAGUCACGAAAUAAAGUCUGAUCUGGAGCCAUCAUCUGCGUCGGGUCCAUCCAGUAAGCUGACGCCUGGUCCAAUUUAUUCUUGGCCGGGUAAAGGAUCAUUUUACUCCUUUUAUGAUGUGGGAAAGAUUCUGGGAAGUGGAGCCUAUGGCACUGUGAAGUUGGCGACACGCAGAUUUGAUGGCCAGAAGGUUGCUGUCAAAUUUCUUAAAAAGAACACAUGGGACAAGUUUAUCUAUGUGCCUGGAUGUGCCAAACCUUUGGUUGCGGAAGUGGCAUUAAAUCUGCUGCUCCGCAAAUCCCAAAGCCCCCACAUCGUACAAAUGAUCGAUUGGUUUGAGGAGCCAGAGAAGUACAUCCUCAUUAUGGAAUAUCCAGAACCAUGUGAGACCUUGGAAACGUUCAUCAGUGGCAAAGGAGGAUCACUAGGAGAAACUGUGGCUCGUGGCUUAUUUCGCCAAGUGGUGCUCGCAGCCAAACACUGCGCUGACCAGGGCAUCUUCCACAAAGACAUCAAAUCAGACAACAUCCUGAUCAACACGGACACGCUGCAGCUCAAAUUGAUUGACUUUGGCUGUAGUGAGCUUAUUAUGAACCCUACCUCUAUAAAUCAUGAAUGGGCCAUGAAAGAAGCCAUUUGCAGCUUGCGAAAUCUGCUUAUAGAAAUGGUGAGCGGAGGCCAGCAUUUUAUGUCAUUUCUGACCAGAAAAGAUGAUCAGUUGAUUCCAGGAUAUUCCAAAGAGUUUCAAGAUCUGAUAACUCAGUGCCAUAAAAAAGAUGACGGCGGGAGAGCAACAUUAGAGCAGAUCUUGCAGCACGAAUGGCUUCAGCAAGUCUGAAGGAAUGAAGACACCCAAGGUGCAGGUAGGGGAACAGUUCCACAUUUUGGAUUCAUUUUCUAAGAAGUUCCUGGAUGACUUAGAGAAGGAAAUGAAGGCAGUCUAGAGACAUAGUAGAGCAGAAUAUGAGAAUGCAUCUCUUUUUGGGAUACAUCAGCCUGAUUCAUGGGGUAUCUGAAGGAUCUCAUUUCAAAAUGCAAACCCUGUAGAUACAGCUGAAUUUGGAGCAACUUGACAGAAAAUUCCUAAAGGCUGAUUUAUACUUGUUAGUUCGCUUCAGUAUGCUCGGCGAAUAAGACGUCAUAGUGGUAUUUGCGGAGGUUCGCUUUGGGUGCACGCGACUUGCUUUCGGCUGGUGGAGUGCAUAACAUUUUUUUAAAACCUGAGUGAACAGUUUGCGUAGUGCUGCAUUUCAUUUGAGUUGAAUCUGAAUCACUUUGAAGAGAUUUUGUUAAGCCUGUACAGACAUCUGUAUGACCCCUCCAUGCGUGUUUAUAGGGUUAACCAGAUGGCCAAUAAUUCUUGGCUAGAAAUUACAAGUGUUUGUAAAAAAGUUUAGGAAAACUUGAGGGAUAAGUUUGUUAAAGCCAAAAAAGCAAAGACCCAGGUGCUUAGGUGCUGUACAUUUAGGGUGCUUUGACACUUUGUUCAAUUGCCUGGACCGUACCCACAUUCGAAUGUCUCCCUUUGCCACCUUUUUGGUUGGUUUGUGUUCACACCAUCUUUUUUCCUUUUGAAACCCGGUAUGCUUAUCAAGCUGCUGUUGUGUGUACGGCUGUUGCUAGGUGAUGGCCAUGAAAGCAAAGCGCCAAAAGGGAAAGUCGUACACGCAUGGCGGUGAUAAUACAUGUACACGCAUGGGGUUAAUAUUUUAAUACACUUUAAUAGGUAGAACUGUUUGAGAUAUGAACAAAGCCAAGUGAUGCAUCAAAGUUGGAUUUACAAAAAUCUUAAAUGGUUAUAAAAGGCCUUAUAAUCAAUAAAAGAAUUAAUAAAAAUAAUUAAUAAAAAAAAUCUUGAAUGGUAGUAAUGAUAUGAUGUCAAUUUGCAUAUUUCUGAUGUUAUCACGUUUUACCGUUUCUAUUUGUUUAACAGCCUGUGAUUAAUAAAAGGGGUAUUUAUAUUUGCACUGCGCUUUAUAAAUGCAUGUCAAUUUAACAAAAACAUUGCUGUUUGAAUACAGGAUAUCAGUUUAGAUGUGUAGUGAAUUUGCAGUAAUCUCUCAGAUCUAAUAAACUGCGUUCUGAAACUGUCACUAAAGUAUCUGUGAUUGUGAUCAAGAAAAAAACAAACAGUCAAAUUGAAUUGUUAAAAAAAAAGGAGAAGCUGAUCGGUUUGACUGUAAAAUGGAAAUACCUCACACUCCCGGUGCUAAAUAAUUUGUCGUCGGUACGCAGAGGAGUGAUCUGCUGUCAGGCUGCAGGUGGGAGAAACGAGGACUGGGCCACCUGUCAGUGCUCUGAGGCUGGGGAGGGGGUGACAGCAUCACCCGCAGCUCAUCAAGAGUAGGGACGGUACAGGAUGGGCACAUGAGAGUCUAUAAAAAUCUCCAGUAACACACAAAAAAGACUCUGAAUUUUUCACUAGUGGCUUUUUUGAAAAUUGUCGCUAAGGUGGACUGAACAGUCGCUAAAUAUAGCGACAAAGUCGCUAAGUUGGCAAUACUGGUUUCUCCGAAUGAUUUUACAGUAGGUUUCAUUUAACCACUCCCUGUUGUUUUAAAAAAAUAUAUCUCAAUGGCGAAGGGGUCAAGUAUAAAAGUCUUGUCCGUUUUGCGAGAUGCGAGCGCACUCAGUGUAGGUUCACGACGGGGCAUCAUGCGAAAGUAUAAAUCAGCCUUAAAAAACAUUAAAAAAAGGUUUUUUAGGACACGACUGGCCACCAGACCUACAAUAGAUCAAGUAAUAAGAGUGGAGACUUUCAAUUUAUUUUCAUUUAAUUUUAAUCUACUCACCAAGUACUAUUAUGGAGUAUUUCUCAACCCCAGUCCUCGCAAACCUCUGCCCUGCUUAUUGCUAGAAUGGGUAAAGCUGCUGCCGGAAGUUACCCAGAAUUAUUUAUAUUAUGUAUUAAAUUACACAUUCAUUGUAUUGUAUUAACAUCCACCCCAACCCUAAAC